UGAUGGCAAGGCGCAGCAUGACCAUCACCAGCAUAUAUACGGUGGUAACAGCCGACCGGAGGCAUACAGGACUUUUUGGACAUCAGGGCAACACCUCAGCAGCACCGAGUUCUCCGCAUUUGGAAAAACAGUGUGGCCACCAUGUACAGCUUCACCCCCCUCGUCCUGCUGGUGCUGACCUUGGCCGUGAUGUUGUUCUGCCUGGUCCCCCCGUCCCUCGCCUCGUCCGUCGUCCUGCCCGGCCACGCCAUCGAGCCAACAAUAGAUCAGCGCGGAGAGACGCUUCUGGCGCCCGAGCCUUCGUUUGAAGCCGGUCGCUCGAUCCGUGUCGCUAGGGGACUGGGCAAGCGGCUGAAGAAGAUUGGCAAAAAGAUUGACCAUGGUGUCAGGCAUGUUAAAGUUGGAGAAAUCGGCUUUGGAAUGCCCAAGGGGAAGAACAACUAGUUUUAUUGAAUUACUGUGAACCACACACACUCACACACACACACACACACACACACACACACACACGCAAAAGUCCCGCAAUUUUGUUAUGCGUAUCUUGGAUCACGAUUUCUUCAGGUACCUUUUCGUUGUAUCCCAAAAAAGGACGAAAUUGGCAUGAGAGGCACUCGUGAUCCAUUUCAAUUCACGUCUGGGACGAAAAUCCAUCUCGAGCUACGCGUGACCACUUUGCGUGGCGGUUCCAUUUUCCUCGGGACGCAGUUGGCCUGCGGAUGUAUGUUUGCUAUUUACUAUUUAUACUAUUUAUUAAACUAUUAUUUGGUUA